GAAAAGUCUUCUUUUCCUUCUCCAUUUUUUCAACUCUUCCAAGAAAGUCCGCUUCUUCAUCUUCUUCCUCCAAGCUCCUCCGCACCUGCAACUUCCGCCGCCGCCGCAGCACCACCCGACGAUGAACCCGACAUGCAACUUCUUCUCCACUUCCAGAGCCGCGUAGGGAGAAACGGGUUGCCUCCCUUUCUCGCCCGGAGCCAAAUGAGGAGGCCCGGUAGAGCCGCCGGCGACGCCGACGAGCCGUCGAAGCCGUCCGACCCGGAUGCGCCGAUCGUCCCGCGAGAUCCGGACAGGAAACCCCGGUGGCUCGGCCCGAUACGGGUCAUGGGCGUGUUCGUCGCUUGCUUGAUGGCCACGUCGGUCGUGUUCUCCGUGGCGGUGGUGCUCAGGGACCCGCCCACGAACGGGGUUCCUGCGGAAGGGGGAGUUCGCGAAGUUACGGCACCUAAAGAAGCCACUAGUUCCAAUGAAGCUGCAUCUCAGACUGUGGAGGAGAAAAAGAAUGAGUUUCUCGGUGGCUUGCUUGCUGCUGGGUUUGAUGAAGGAUCUUGCCUCAGUCGAUACCAAUCAGUUUUAUUCCGCAAGGAGUCAAAGCACAAACCUUCUUCUUAUCUUAUCUCUAGAUUACGAGGCUAUGAACCUCUCCAUAAGCGAUGUGGACCUCAUUCCAAGUCCUACAAGAGAACCUUGGAAAUGCUCAAAUCUGGCCAUCCAUUGGGAACUUCAGACUGUAACUAUGUUGUUUGGAUUUCCUUUAGUGGAUUGGGGAAUAGGAUAUUGACUCUAGCUUCAGCAUUUCUCUAUGCGCUUCUCACGAACCGUGUUCUUCUUGUUGACCCUGGAGUUGAUAUGACUGAUCUCUUCUGUGAGCCGUUUCCAGAGGUUUCAUGGUUUCUUCCUUCGGAUUUUCCCCUUAAAGACCAAUUCAAUGGCCUCAACCAAAACUCUCCACACUGUUAUGGAAAGAUGUUAACCAAUAACUCCUUAAGUAAGUUGGAGACACCCUCUUUCACGUAUCUCCAUCUUGUCCACGAUUACAAUGAUCAUGAUAAGCUUUUCUUCUGCGAUGAAGACCAGUCUUUUCUUCAGAGCAUACCCUGGUUGAUCAUGAGGACAGACAAUUACUUUGUUCCAUCUCUCUUCUUGAUCCCUUCGUUUGAGCAAGAAUUGGACAACCUCUUCCCAGAAAGGGAAAACGUUUUCCAUUUCUUGGGGCAAUAUCUUUUCCACCCUACAAAUUCUGUAUGGGGACUCAUUAGAAGAUAUUAUCAAGCUUAUUUAGCUAAAGCAGAUGAAAGGAUUGGGAUCCAGAUCCGAGUCUUUGAUACUGGAGUUGGUCCAUUUCAGCAUGUUCUGGACCAGAUCCUAGCUUGUACUGUGAGGGAAAAUCUGCUACCAAGGACAAUCAAGGAAGGAUCUCCAGAGGUUUCAUCCUUGAAUCGGAAAUCAAAAGCCGUGCUGGUGACAUCUUUAUCGCCUGGUUAUUUUGAGAGGAUAAGAGAUAUAUACUGGCAUUACCCGACAACCACUGGAGAGGCAGUUAGUAUUGUGCAGCCGAGUCAUGAGGAAUAUCAACAGACCGAGAAGGAAAUGCACAAUAGGAAGGCAUGGGCAGAGAUGUACUUGUUGAGUUUGACCGAUGUGUUGAUCACGAGCUCUUGGUCAACUUUUGGUUACGUGGCUCAAGGUCUUGGAGGUUUAAAGCCAUGGAUCCUCUACAAGCCUGAGAAUCGAACAGCUCCUGACCCACCCUGCCGCAGAGCAAUGUCAAUGGAGCCUUGUUUUCACGCGCCUCCAUUUUAUGACUGCAAAGCUAGGCGAGGGGUCGACACCGGUGACUUGGUACCCCAUGUGAGGCAUUGCGAGGACAUGAGCUGGGGCCUUAAGCUCGUCAAUCCUCAUGAUAAUUGAUAGAUGCAUUUUUGCAUUUUAAGUGUAUUCAUUUAGUAGUACUCAGCCAUUAUAAUUGCAGAUGUUCCUGGGAAGCGGCAACACUUUCAUGUGGUACUAGUCCUUCGAAAAUGGGCGAACAUUCUGGGCAAGAGAAUUUUAUGAGUUUGGUAAAUGAGUCUGGAACAUGAUCCGCAGUUGGAAGUCUUAUCAAGUGCUCCAAUCGCGGAAAAAUUGAUCUCUGGAAGACCUCUGUUUGCUAGCAAAGCAGUUCGUUAACGGCUCUUGCCGAAUAUCCCAUGAAUAAAUGCUGCUCCGGUUGAGAAAGUGGCGACUGCUGCUAAAAGAGGGUUUUUACGAGGAUAAGAGAUGGUUCAUAAAGAGUUUCAAAUGAGAGGAAUGCGGGCAUUUAUGUAGAAUUCAAAUACAUUUUUUCGAGCAGUGUAAUUUUGUAUGCAUAUUAUCCUUCUUUUAUAUAGCGAAUUUGGUUGCUCUUACAGAGCAAUUGUUUGCGAGAAUCUGUACCCAUGCGCACCAUUGUUAAAUGUCAAUUGUCCCAUGUCUGAAUUUUGGGUAGUUUUGUCAUCUCAAAUCUCUUGUUCUCUUGUAAACUAUGCAUAUGAAUAAUAAAUUUUCCUGGGA